AUGGAAGAUGAAGAGGAUGGUGGCGGUGAUGAAGAAAGUGGUAGUGAUGAUGAAGAGGGUGAGGGUGGUGGUCGUGGUUGUUCAGAUGAUGAAGAGGGUGGUGGUGGUGGUGAUGAAGAAGAGGGUUGUGGUAGUGGUGAUGAAGAAGAAGGUCAUGGUGGUGGUGGUUCAGUGAUCGCAGUGUUGGUGGUGGUGGUGGUGGUAGUUGGUCAGUCGAAGGCAAUGAAAAUAUUAGAAGGAAAGGAUGAAAUUUCAUGUGCGUCUGAUUGUUUUAUCGCCGAAAAAUCGUCAGAAAAAAUUGUUGAAGGCGAGUCAUUGAACACGGUUUACAACGGAAUAACACAAUUAAAAAAAGAAAAAGGAAAAGAGCUUGAGAGAAUGAAAAUACAGCUAAGGUUUGUAGAAAACCGGGAAGGCAUAAUUGUGUUAGGAUGGGGAAGAAAUGAUUGGUGGUUAUGGGCUCCCAUAGCGCAUAUCAGACAAAACCCAAGAACUUGGCCUGAAAAUCAAAAUCAAAAUGGAUGCAAUUAUGAAGAGGAUGGUGGCGGUGAUGAAGAAAGUGGUAGUGAUGAUGAAGAGGGUGAGGGUGGUGGUCGUGGUUGUUCAGAUGAUGAAGAGGGUGGUGGUGGUGGUGAUGAAGAAGAGGGUUGUGGUAGUGGUGAUGAAGAAGAGGGUCAUGGUGGUGGUGUUUCAGUGAUCGCAGUGUUGGUGGUGGUGGUGGUAGUUGGUUAG